CUUUACCAGGGAUUUUUUGACAUACCAGUAGAUAAUUUAUAUGCUGAGCCUGCUGUCUUACUCUGGAUUAAAGAAAAUAUACCAGAAUGGAGAAAUAGUAUUAUCGUUUCUCCUGAUGCUGGAGGUGCCAAACGGGUCACAUCUAUUGCAGAUAGAUUAAAUGUGGAGUUUGCCCUAAUUCAUAAAGAGAGAAAGAAAGCUAAUGAGGUAGCUUCAAUGGUUUUAGUAGGUGAUGUCAAGGAUAAAGUAGCUAUUCUUGUUGACGAUAUGGCUGAUACUUGUGGUACCAUGUGUCAUGCUGCUGAAAAAUUACUUGAAGCUGGAGCAGCAAAAAUAUAUGCCAUCUUGACUCACGGUAUUUUUUCUGGUUCAGCAAUUUCUCGUAUUAAUAAUGCUUGCUUCGAGGCCGUAGUUGUUACAAAUACUCUUCCUCAAGAACAACAUAUGGAAGAUUGCCAAAAAAUACGGAAUCUUGUAAAUUCAAUUUUAGCAGCUAAACCUGAAGAAGGCUUCUUAAAUAAGCUGAAAACAUUUGCUGGAAAAAUAGUGUUUGCUUGGUGA